AUGUCCCUGUACUACGAUGCCGCUACGGUUCUCACGAGCGACUCGCAGGACGGCUCGUUCAAGUCGAGAAUCUACGGCAACAAGCUCAAUCUCAAGUCGAAGCCAGCACACAUAUACGCUUUGAUAUCCGAAACCGCAAAGUUCAAUCAAUUUGUCAAGGAGGUCGUUGACAAUGCAGACAUCUUGUCUGCGGAGCCAAAGUUGACGCCAAUACUCUCCCUUCUUCUUGUUCAUGACCACUUUUUCUCAAAACGCGGCAUUGCGGCUCCGGCGAACCACCCGUUGCGGCAAUCGAUCGAUAGACACAAGGCGAGGUUACAGGCGGAAUUCACCAAGGCCAGGUUAAGGAGAAAAUGCGCCAAUACAGACGCGCUGAAAAUAUUUCUCUUACGCGAAAAUCCUCGCCGCGGAACCCGAUCACAGCCGCGAUGGAUCCGGGUGAACACUCUGAAGUCGACUGUCGCCGAGCAAUUGGCCACCACGUUCAAAGGAUACCGCACUGAUGUGUCUCUGUCCGAGAUCUCACAAUCGGCAGCCGCGGCGAAAGUGCUAGCCAUUGACCGGAACAUCCCAAAUAUCCUUGCGCUCCCUCCAGAAUCUGACUUCACCAAGACCCAAGCAUACAAGGACGGGACACUCAUACUGCAGGACAAAGCGUCAUGUUUCCCUGCGUAUCUCCUCGCGGGCUCCCAGGCCGAAGCAGUGGCGAUAGGUGACUGCAUAGAUGGGUGUGCCGCACCAGGAAACAAAACCUCUCAUCUCGCCGCACUCCUCGCCGAAGACGCCACCAGCAAGGCCAACAAUACUGUCAGCAAAGUCUAUGCCUGUGAACGCGAUCGCCAGAGAUCCCAGGUUCUAGACAUGAUGAUGGCCAAGAGCGGCGCAGCGAGCAGCGUGACAGUUCUCGCCGGUCAGGACUUUCUGAAACUCGACCCUCGAGACCCUCGGUUUCAGAACGUCACCCAUCUCCUCCUUGACCCGUCCUGCUCAGGCAGUGGCAUCAUCGGACGCGAGGACACUCCGACACUAGUACUCCCCGAGGAUCCCCGGGCCUCCAAACCCAGCAAAGCAAGCAAUGGCAGUGGCACCCCGAGCAAGAACUCGAAGAAGCGAAAACGACCUCACGUCGAACUCGAAUCUGAACUCGAGACUCCGUCAAUAGUAGCUGGUUCCACCGCCGAAGAGACCAAAGACGCUUCUGUCGACGAGGUUCGCCUUGCCAGACUAUCUGCUUUACAGUCCCGGAUCGUCGAACACGCCCUGUCUUUCCCGGCCGCAGUGCGAGUGACGUAUUCCACGUGUUCCAUACACGUCGCAGAGAAUGAAGCCGUGGUUUCCAAAGUGCUCGACUCGGACGUGGCCAAAGACAGAGGGUGGUCUGUCCUCCGACGACACGAGCAAGUCGCUGGUCUACGCGAGUGGAAACAUCGGGGUUGUCUCGUCACCGCCACCGCCACCGCCACCGCCACAGACGCAGAGAGCGACGAUGGCAAGUCGCCGUCGCCGUCACCGUCGCCUCUGUUGACGCCGGAUGCGCUCGAAGCGUGUAUUCGAUGCCACCGAGACGACGACGAGGGUACCAUGGGCUUCUUCGUGUGUGGUUUCGUCCGGUCCACGAGUCGAGAUCGUAAUUAUAAGGGACAACAAUCGGCGGAUCGAGCAGCGGCGGGAGCCAGGGAGCCCUCAACACGCGGAGAGGAGUCGUGGGAGGGCUUUAGUGACUGA